ACUACUACUACUACUACUACUACUACUACUACUACUACUAGCAGUAGUCUCACACAGCGUUUGAGACUGACAGAUCUUCACUCCAAACAUGAACAGCAAAGUUUCUCAUUCUGGACUCCAAACGCUGACACAAAAGGAGGAGGUCCGGAUUGUUCUGGUCGGGAAGACUGGAGCAGGGAAAAGUGCAGCAGGAAACACCAUUGUGGGGAGAAAAGCUUUCCGAUCAAAGUUUUCCUCUCUUUCUCUGACAAAAGAUUGUAAAAAGACUAAAGGGAAGGUGGAUGAGCAAAGUGUAGCUGUUAUCGACACCCCAGGUUUGUUUGAUACUACAUUGUCCAAUGAGGAGGGACUGAGAAAGAUCGCUCUGUGCAUGUGUCUCUCUGCUCCUGGUCCCCAUGUGUUCCUGUUUGUGAUCAAGCCGGGAAAAUUCACUGAAGAAGAGCAGAAAACUGUGGAGAUGAUUCAGAAAUUAUUUGGUGAUGAAGCAUUGAAAUACACCAUGAUUCUCUUCACAUAUGGAGACGUUCUUGAUGAUGAAGAUGUAACAAUUGAAGAAUACGUGCUUGAAAAUCCAGGUCUGGAAAGUUUACUUUCUCAAUGCAAUGGGGGAUAUCAUGUCUUUAACAACAAAGAUAAGAAUCGCUCCCAGGUCACUGAGCUGCUUGAGAAGAUAAACAAUAUGGUCAUGAUGAAUGGAGGAAGCCAUUACACCACUAAGAUGUUCCAGAAGGCUGAGAGAGAGAUUGAAGAGGAGAAGAACAGGAUCCUGAGAGAGGAAGAGGAGAACAUACGCAGAGAGGAGGAGAAACUGAAGGAAGAAAAAAUGGAGCAAGAGGCUCGGGAGAAAAAGCUUAAAGAGGAGAAUGAGAGGAUCCUGAGACAGAAUGAAGUGCAGAAACUCAGACAUGAGGAGCAACUGAAGAAAAUGGAACAAAAGGCUCAGGAGGAAGCUAUUAAAGAGGAGAAGAAGAGGAUCCAGAGAGAGAAGGAAGAGCAGAAACUCAGGGAGGAGGACCUGAAGAAACUGAACAUGGAAAAAGAGGCUAAGGAGAAAGAAAUAAAGGAGUUGAGGGAAAAAUAUGAAAGGGAGGCUAGAGAGAAAGCUGAAAAAAGUAACAGCUUUCUAGAUGGAUGUGUUGCAGUAUUGGAGAAAGUGGGGGAAGCGAUUGUAGACGUGGGGAGGAAAGUAGGAAAAGCUGUUGAAGAUACCUGCAGUAUACAAUGAAAAUCAGAAACCUUUCUGUUCUAGAGUCCAAAGCUAAGUCAUAUUGAAUUGAAUUGUAAUUAUAAUUUAAUUGUAUUGCAUUGCAUUGAAUACAGCCAUAUACAGCUUACACUGUUGUCAUUCUAAUGUUAUUGUCUAUAACUGUAGACCCAUUGACUUCUAUAGACGUAUAUUAUAUAGCUUACAUAAAGCUCUAUGACAUUUAA